UGUACGAUAGCGAUACGUCUCAAGUGAGAAUUACCGGCGGAUCGUCCGAAUUUAAAGCUUUAUCUAACUCGCGCUAUCUAAUCUGCGGGGAUAUACUUGACAGCUAAGUAAUACUUACUUAUCACCCGACAUUAUCCGCCCACUCGCCACUCCACCUACAGGAAACUGCAGAGCAACUUGUUUGAUGGUCCCAUUGGAAUAUAAUCAGUUCGCGGCCUCAUGCGCAGCCCAUAAUGCUAGAACCAGCUGUUAAACAGCAACUCUACCAUUCCAAUUACAGAAAAGGUUAUUCUGACGAUGUAGACGUGCUCCGCGAUCUCGAGUACCCAAGUCUCAAAGAGACAACAUAUUUGGACCAUGCAGCUACCACACCAUAUGCAAAGUCUCUCAUCGAGACCUUCUCGCGUGACUUAACCGGGAACCUGUUCGGAAAUCCUCACUCCGCAUCUUUGUCUUCGCAGCUCACUACUCGCCGCAUCGAAGACAUCCGCCUGCGUAUGUUGCAGUUCUUCAAUGCCGAUCCUGAAGCGUUUGACCUUGUCUUCGUCGCAAAUGCUACGGCGGGCAUAAAACUCGUUGCUGAUGCGCUACGUGAUUUCGAUGGAUCCGGGUUUUGCUAUGCGUAUCAUGUGGAUUCACACACCAGUCUGGUAGGCGUGCGGGAGCUGGCAGAGAACGGCAAGAAAUGUCUGCUGUCAGAUGCAGAAGUAGACAGAUGGAUUGCAGAUCUCGAACAGGACAGCCCUGAUGAGAAGGCCUCGACGCGCCUAUUUGCAUACCCAGCACAGUCGAAUAUGACAGGAAGACGUCUACCAUUGAGAUGGUGCAAAGAGAUCCGAGAGGCUACCGACAGCGGAGGCCAUCAGAGAACUUUCACCCUGCUCGAUGUGGCCUCCCUUGUCUCUACUUCCCCAUUCGAUCUAAGCGACGCUUCAGCUGCGCCUGACUUCACGGUUCUCAGCUUCUACAAGAUCUUCGGCUUCCCUGACCUUGGAGCUCUGAUCGUCCGCAAGGGCGCUGGCGAUAUCUUCCAGCGAAGGAGGUACUUUGGUGGCGGCACGGUAGAUAUGGUCGUCACGCAUGGAGAUCAAUGGCACGCUAAAAAGGAGUCUUCCGUGCACGACAAAUUGGAAGAUGGUACACUUCCAUUCCACAAUAUCAUCGCCCUAGAUUCAGCACUUCAGACGCAUUACCGAUUGUACGGCUCGAUGGCUAACAUAUCCGCGCAUACUGGCUUAUUGGCGGAUGAACUAUUCAAGCAGCUAUCCUCAAAGGUGCAUUGGAAUGGGAGGAAAGUAUGCCAUAUAUUCACAUCGUCUGCAUCCGGGUGCCGAGACCCAUUGAAUUAUGGCCCCAUCAUCACGUUUAAUCUACAGGACAGUCAAGGUGGAUGGGUCGGUAAAUCGGAAGUCGAAAAGAUGGCUGCCGUUAGAAAUAUCCAGAUCAGAUCCGGGACGCUGUGCAACCCAGGAGGGAUGACUGCUCAGCUGGGACUAUGCGACGACGAGAUGAAACGCAAUUUUGCUGCUGGUCAGCGAUGCGGAGACGAGAACGAUAUCAUUGAUGGCAAGCCAACGGGCGCUUUGAGAGUCAGCCUCGGCGCAAUGACUAACAUGCGAGAUAUUGAAGUGUUUCUUGCAUUCAUUGAUGAGUUUUAUGUUGAGAAAGCCCCAGAAUUGGACAUAUUGCGCGUUCCUAUGCAGGUACCGGAUCCGAAUUUCUAUGUGGAAAGUCUCUGCGUCUAUCCGAUAAAGAGUUGCGGCAGCUUCAAGGUAGCCAGUGGCCAACGCUGGGAGAUCAGAAGGGAAGGGUUUGCUUGGGAUAGAGAAUGGUGUCUCAUUCAUCAGGGAACAGGCGUGGCCCUCAAUCAGAAGCGAUAUCCCCGUAUGGCUCUGAUUCAGCCCUAUAUUGAUUUGAAUCGAGGAGUACUACGGAUUACCCUCCCGGACCAUUCUGGUUCUGAUCCUCAAAGUCUCGAGGUCUCUCUGGCGAAAGAAGAUCCAGACCUUGUUGCGGCCGAGAUAUGCCGGAGUUCCAAGAAAACAUCUACAGUGUGCGGCGACUUGGUGACAGUCCAGGUCUACUCAUCCCCGUCUGUGUCGGCUUUCUUCUCGGACUUCCUCAAUGUACCAUGUACACUUGCUCGGUUCCCACCGCAGACCUCUACACGUUACUCAAAACCUAGACGUCCGUUUGUUCGCAAGACCAAGCAUACUGGCAAUGACAUGCCUGGUGCCUUUCCGGAACGGCCGAUGUCUUCACCUGAACGGCAAAACCCGAUUCUCUUGUCAAACGAAAGCCCGGUACUCCUCAUAUCACGAUCAUCAGUGAACCGUUUGAAUGAGACUAUCAAAGCCAAUUCCAAGAAUGGUGGUAGGAUCAGCAGAGCCGUUGCUGCGGAUGUCUUCAGAGCCAACAUCGUCGUUGCGGAGAACACAUCCAAUGGUUCCAGCCUCCCAAACAUUGUUGAACAACCAUACGCUGAGGAUAGCUGGAUGUCACUCUGCAUUGGUCCCGAGAGACUCCAGUUUGAUGUUCUAGGACACUGCCAACGGUGUCAAAUGGUCUGCAUAGACCAGCUUACCGGUACCCGCAGCGAGGAACCUUUCUCUACCCUGGCGAAACACAGGAGGGUUGACGGGAAGGUGGUCUUUGGAAGACAUAUUUGUUUAUCGGCUGACGAGAGGUCUGACGAUAACUUCUCUGAACCGAAGACUAUCAUGGUUGGUGAUACCGUUAUCCCGAGCUGGGAUGGAAGGGUCUGAAGAUCUAUAUAACAAUAUCUAUUUACUUGCAUGGCAAAUGUAUGACCGGUUGGAGCUUGGUUUAGGGCUAAUCCGUAGCCUCAGGAUAUCAUUUAUACAUAGCAUACUGCUGAAAGAA